AAAGUUUGUGAGAUUUUCAGGUAAGGACUCGGGAACUUCCAAAUCUCAGGGAAGGACUUCCGGCCGAUUAUAAAUAGCGACGAUCUUUCUCAUCCAUAUCCAACCAAAGCAUUUACUUCAUCGUCUUUUUUCUCUCUUCUUCUUCUUCCUGCUUCGCUUUUAUCGCCGUUUUCUCUCUCUCUCUCUCUCAAGAUGACUAUUCUCAUUGAUCAUGCCGAUCUGCUUGGAAUCGAAGCAGAGCAAAAGAAGGCAUCCAUAAAUGAGAAAGAAGUGGGAUUUGUGGUUCCACAGAGAAACUCAUUUGGCCAUACAUUUAGGGACUAUGAUGCUGAGAGUGAGAGACAAGAAGGAGUUCAGAACUUCUACAGGAAAAACCACACUUACCAGACCUAUAAUUUUGUGAAGAGGAUGAGGGAGGAGUAUGGGAAACUGAACAGAGUAGAGAUGAGCAUAUGGGAAUGCUGUGAACUGCUGAAUGAUGUGGUUGAUGAGAGUGAUCCUGACUUGGAUGAGCCUCAGAUUGAACACUUGCUUCAAACUGCUGAAGCCAUUAGAAGGGACUAUCCCAAUGAAGAUUGGCUUCACUUAACUGGCCUUGUUCAUGAUCUUGGGAAAGUGCUUUUACUUCCUAGCUUUGGAGGGCUUCCUCAGUGGGCUGUUGUAGGUGACACAUUCCCAGUUGGAUGCAGAUUUGACAGUUCCAUUGUCCAUCAUCAGUACUUCAGGGAAAAUCCAGACUAUGACAAUUAUGCUUACAACACUAAAUAUGGAAUCUACUCAGAGAAAUGUGGACUCAACAAUGUGAUGAUGUCUUGGGGACAUGAUGAUUAUAUGUAUCUGGUGGCAAAGGAGAACAAAACUACUCUGCCUUCAGCUGCUCUGUUUAUCAUAAGAUACCAUUCAUUCUAUGCAUUACACAGAGCAGGAGCAUAUAAGCACUUAAUGAACGAUGAAGAUGUUGAGAAUCUGAAAUGGCUCCAUAUUUUCAAUAAAUAUGAUCUGUACAGUAAGAGCAAAGUCAGAAUAGACGUUGAGAAGGUUAAACCAUACUAUCUCUCUCUUAUUGAGAAGUACUUCCCUGCAAAACUCAAGUGGUGAAACAAUGGAGAUCUGAGGAAGAAGAGACAAACUAGUUAAGAGUAUCCAUGGAGUAGAUCAUGGAAUAAUCUAUUUUAAGUAGCAGCAGCAUUAACUUGUGUUUUAGCCGUAGAGCCUAGAAGUAGAAUAUGUUGUGCCGCUAAUUUGUUGUAACCAUCCUCUCUGAAAUCUGCUAUCUGUAUGUGAUGUAUUAAUAAAAUGUAUCUUUAAGUUUUUAAUUAGAUAUAAGCAGGAGUUCCAUUCC